AUGGAUGCUUGGCGCAUCAUUCACCAUUAUGAUUUUGCUUAUACACCCUCCGUGAAAGCAUGGGGUGAUGCCGUCGAAGGAAAGGACCUGAAAUAUGUGGCAGAAAAGGCCCGGUUCUUCCCCGAUGAGCAGAGCAAACCGGAUCUCGCAUUUCAAACUAAAUUAAUUGUAAAUACUAUGGGCUAUGACCACCCGCCUCCAUCCUACGGAAAUGCGGUUAAUGACCUCCCUCCCGAAUACUCUACGUUAGCCCCGUUGGCUCGGCAGAAGGACCUGAUCCGAGAUGAUUCGGCGCCAGCCAGGCCUGAGAAGGAGCCCACGGCUAAAUCAUCAAAGCUACUCAUCGAUUUUGAUGACCCUUCCGGUAUUCGAGAGCAUGGUGGUAAGAAGAAAAAGGGCAAGAAAGGGGGUGGAGCACAGCCUCCAAGUGCACCACCUCCGAAUGAAGAAGAAAAGCAAGAACCACCCCCUGAUGAAGGGCAAAGUGGCGGAGACGGUGGCGAUGCAGGUGGUGCAGGGGAUGGUGCCGGCGACGGUGCCGGCGAUGGGAACAAUGGUGGAGAUGAUGGUAACGGUGAUGGCGCCGGUGGUGGUGGAGACGGCGGCGGAGAUGGCGGCGACGAUGGUUGGAAUGCCUGGGAUGAAGGCACGAGCAAGAAGAGCAAGAAGAAAAAGAAAGAGGAAGAGGAGCAGAAGAAGAAAGAGGAGGAUGAGAGAUUAGCCAAGGAAGAGGAGGAGCGAGCGGCCAAAGAAGAAGAAGAGAGGGUGGCUAGAGAAGAGGAAGAGAGAAAGGCUAAGGAGGACGAAGAGCAAAAAGCUGCCGAUGAAGCCGCUGCCGCCACCAAGGAUCUUAGCUGGGCUGAGGAUGCUGGAGGUGAUGACUCCUGGGCCGGCUUCGCGACUACCGGGAAAAAGAAGAACAAAAAGAAGGGAAAGGUUGACCUGCUUUCACCCGAUGCGGGAGAUGCACCCUCAAGUGGCUUUCAGGACGUCAGUUUGAAUGACGGCGGCGGCGCAGCACAGUUGGAUCUCAAUUUUGAUGCUCCCCCACCUCCCGCAGGCGCUGGCUUCAAUUUUGGUGGAUGGGGCAAAGAUUGGAAUACCGGCGACAAGUGGGGGCUCGACACUCUUGACGGUGGUGAUGCCGGAGAAGCAAAGGAUACGAACCCAUGGUCCAAGAGCAGUUCGAAAACCCCAAACGUGUUCGAUUUUGGCGAUUUUGGCGAUGCAAACAAAGAUGCGUCUCCCCCUCCUGAAGAGCAGAAGGAAGAUGACUGGGGAGCAUUCACCACAACCAGCAAGAAGGACAAGAAAAAGAAGAAGAAGGGGGCAGUCGAAGAGGUUUCCCCUGCACCUGAACCUGCCCCAACCGCUGAGGAAGACUGGGAGCCGCCGAAGGAACCAGAACUCCCGGCAGCAGAUGACGACUGGGGAGCAGUUACCACGACCAGCAAAAAGGACAAGAAAAAGAAGAAGAAGGGAGCAGUUGAAGAGGUUUCUCCACAGCCUGAACCAGAGCCUGCACCAGAGCCCGAGCCCGAACCUGUGAAAGAACCUGAGCCUGAGCCGAAACUCGAAGUCAGGAGAUUCCCUGAAGAUCCACUUUAUAAUAAUUUCUUUAGUUUAUCUUCAAAGGAUCGCAAGAAACGCGAGAAGUCUUUGGCUAAGAGAGGUCUCCCAAUUCCCACCAAACCAGAGGAUCUUGCGCCGCUCCCUGAAACUGUCGUUGAAGAACCAGCGCCUGAACCCGAACCUGAGGUUGAGCCCGAGCCCGUUCCGGAACCAGAGCCAGAGAAGCCCGCGGAGAAUGUUGAUGAAGACUGGGGUUGGAACGUCCCGUCUAGUAAAGACAAGAAGACAAAGAAGGGCGUGUCAGUCAACGACUUUCUCAUCGAAGAACCCGAUCCUGUUCCAGAACCGGUCACUGAGCCACCACCAGCAACUGAUCCUGCUCCUGCCGAUGAUGACUGGUCGGUUGGAUGGGAUGUUCCGACAAAGAAAAAGGACAAAAAGUCAAAGAAAAACGCUGCUAAAGAGGAGCCGACUCCAGUCGUUGAGGAGCCCGAGCCCGAACCCGAACCAGAGCCAGUCCCUGACCAAAAAGAAGCCGACGAUGACUGGGGUGCUUGGGGUGUGCCAAAGGCUGAGAAAAAGAAAAAGAAGAAGGUCAAGGUCACUGAACCUGAGCCCGAGCCCGAGCCAGCACCUGAGCCAGAGCCAGAACCUGAACCCGAGCCACAACCUGAGGCUGAACCAGAGCCAGAACCCGAACCCGAGCCUGAACCUAAGGUUCCUGUAUUGCCAGAUGAUCCUCUUUAUAACAACUGGACUACCCUCUCAUCGAAAGAUCGCAAGAAACGGGAGAAGUCAUUGAAAAAGAAAGGUCUGCCAAUACCUGAUGCUAAUGGGUUUUUACCAGGAGCCGAGCCUGAGCCAGUCCCUGAACCAGCUCCAGAACCGGAGCCGGAGCCUGUGGUUGAGCCAGAGCCUGAACCUGAACCUGAACCCGAGCCUGAACCACCAGCAGAACCUGAGCCUGAGCCUGAGCCUGAGCCCGAACCGGAGCCAAUCAUCGAGCCUGAACCAGAGCCCGUUCCCCAACAGACCGUUGAUGAAAGCUGGGGUGGAGUUUGGGGUUCUUCUUCCAAGGACAAGAAGAAAAAGAAGAAGAGCAAGAUCCCGGACGAACCCCCGCCCCCUGCACCCACUCCCCCAUCUCUUGGCCUGGAUCCUGAGCCUAGAACUGAAGAUUUACCCGAGGAACCUCUCUGGGAUGACUAUGAUUCUAAGCCUGCGAAGACAGCCAAAAAGGAAGCUCCCAUGGGCUUCUGGGCGACACUGGGCGCAGCCGCGACAGGCAAAUCCAAAGCAUCAAAGAAGAAGUCGCAGGAAACGCCCAAAAUGAUCGAAGAGGCUCCGGAACCAGAGCCUGAGAAUAAUCCUGAGACGGAUUUGCUCAUUGAUGUUGGCGAGGAGCCGGAAGCGCCGAUCGCGCCAGUUGUUGACGAACCAGACGCGCCAGACGCGCCGCCAACAAAGACCGCCACGUCCAAAGCCAAAUCAUCCGGAAAACUGUCACUUGCUGAAAGGGUCGAACAAACGAAGAAGGACAAGUUGAAAUCUAAGACAAAGAAAAAGGAUGUUGCGCCGCCGCCGGAAGAAUCGACUGAACCUCCACCUGAGGAAGAACCAGCUAUAGAGGUCCAACCUGAGCCGGUCAAAGAGAAGAAGGUUUCACGAGAGUCUGUCCCAGGAAGCUUCCCAGACGCAUUUGAGGACGACUGGGAUGAAACACCCCCACCCCCGCCUCCUGUCCCUGAAGUUGAACCCGAACCUGAACCCGAACCUGAACCCGAACCUGAGCGGGAGGAGCCAGCACCAGAACCCGAACUGGAGCCAGAGCCAGAAAUCAGGAGGUUCCCUGAGGAUCCGCUCUAUAAUAAUUUCUUUAGUUUAUCUUCAAAGGAUCGCAAGAAACGCGAGAAGUCUUUGGCUAAGAGAGGUCUUCCGAUUCCCACCAAGCCAGAAGAUCUCGCGCCGCCCCCUGAACCUGAACCGCCUGCAGAGCCCGAACCUGAACCUGAACCUGAACCAGAGCCUGAGCCAGAGAUAAAACGCGAGAAAUCUUUGAUUAAGAGAGGCCUUCCAAUUCCCACGAAGCCAGAGGAUCUCGCACCCUCUCCUGAACCUGAACCGCCUGCAGAACCUGAGCCAGAACCCGAACCCGAACCUGAAGAACAGCCAGAGCCGGAGCCAGAGCCGGAGCCCAUUGAGCCGCCUGCCCCAGAACCCGAGAAGCCUGCAAGGAAGAGUAAGAAGAGCUCCAGAAAAGUCAAGGAGCCGCCACCGAUCGAAGUUGCACCGCCUGAGGAACCAGAAGUCGAAGCUGGUGCACCACCGACGCCCCCACCUGAACCUGAGAAGCCGGCACGCAAGGAGCGGCCUCGUAUUGAACGCACGUCGAGCUCUGCUGCCUGGGGUUACUGGGGAGCAACGGUGCCCCCGAAAAGAUCCAGCCACAAGGAAGGUAGACACAGGGAGGAUUCUGAAAACCCAAGGAGAAGGGAACGAUCUCCCAACGAAGUGGAGAGAUCGAAAUCAGGCACUGCUAGAAAAUCAAGGCCGCGAGAGUCAGAAAACGAGGCCGAAAAAUCAUCUGCAUCUGACAAGGAAAGACGGCGGGAAGCUCGUCAUAAUCGCGCAAUGGGGUUCUCUGAUUUUGUUCUCGGUGCCGCCGCAGCACCUCCUUCUAGAACCAAAUCAAGGAGAAGAACAGAACACAGACGCGACAUCGAUGAGGCUGAUAUGCCUACUCCACCGCCUGACGAAAGGCUUGAGGUAUCGGAUAAAGCAGCUAGGUUGAUGGGCGUCAAUGAAUCGAGGUCUAGAAGAGAGAGGCCGCACGGGGAGAGGAAAAGAUCUGCUUACCCUGAUCCGUACGCCAUUGAAGAUGAAGACAUAGUCAUGGUUAACCGAGACGAUGUUGAGGGACACUCGCCGCAAGAGGGAUCUAGGGAAUCUAGACACUCCAGAAGAAAGUCCCGGUCCAGGAAGACAAGAUCCAGACCUGAAGACCAUGACGAUGCUGUUAUGGUUGAUGCAGACCAGCAGGGCCCAGAUGUUUACUCAGGACCCGAUGAUAUUGCUUUCGUCGAUGCCCCUCCAAGAGAACGACGCUUGAAGCGGUCCGGUACCCUACCCAGGAAACCGGAAACGGGUGGUGGUGGCUUGAUGGGUUUAAUAGAAUCUUUGAAACGGACUGCUCGCCCUGAGGCUCGUCCCGAAGCUCCACCAGAACGCCGCAAGUCUCGGUCUUAUCGUGAUGAAGACGCAAGGUACAUGACAGAACCGGAGCGAGACGAGGCCCGGCGAAUCAGACAUGAAGAACGAAGGAGACGAUGGGAACGACCAGAUACAGAUGCUGAGGGCUUCGUUACCGAAGGCGGUCCAGUUGGAGGUUUCCCAGACACAGAGGCAGAAGAAGCGGCGGCCAGGAGAGCAGCACGCAGAGCCCGGCGUGCCUCGCGACACCCUCCUUCUGAUCAAUUUCGAGAUGCCGACUUCAGAGAAGCCGAAGAAAGACGAGCUAGACGGAGGGAGAAAGAAAGGGCCCGUGAGAUCCUUGAGAGACAAACCCGAGAAGAGGAGGAGAGAGAGGAGAGACGCCGCCAAGAGAAGAGAGCACGUAGAGCUGCUCGUGAAGAACGGCGUAUGAGAGAGGAGCAGGAGGCUCGAGAGAUGGAAGCCCGGGAAAUGGAGGCCCGAGCUCAAGCUAAAGCAGAGCGACGUGAGCGAAGACGAAUCCGUGACGCAGAAAUGCAGGAAGUGUAUGGAGGACAAGCUUCGAGAUCGAGACGUCAUCGCUCAAGAGCAGAGGGAAGAAUUCCUGGCGAAUACGGAGCUCCCGAGGAUUAUUACCGGCCUCGACAGUCUCCCCGAUCCGGCGACGAGGGUGGUAGGCCGAAACGUCGGAGGUCCAGAGCUCCAGAUCCAACGAGCGAGGCACCGAUGAUGUCUGGGGGGCGGAAAGACAAGAUUUCAUCUUGGGUUCAUUCACAAGCAGAUGAGCCCCCCGAGCCACCCCCGGUUAUGUCAACUGUGGUUGAUAUGCCCCCGCCUCCUGGCGAACCACUCAAUGGGCACAGCAUGUCGUCGGACGAAGAGGCCAGGCGCAACUUGCGCAGGCAAGCCCGACGACGGGCCAAGUACCCUGGACUUGCAGACGACGAGAUAGACGAUCUGCGAGCCAGACGGCGGGAAGCACGCAGAGCUGACCGAGACAACAUCAAGAGUACCUCGGGCAGCGGUGAUUACGAGCGUGAGCGUGGGUACAGACCCUAUGAUAGCCGCUAUCCGCCUGUGCCUCCCCCCAGCUCUGGGGCGAGGAUGCCCAACUGGUUCAGAAAACUGACCAAUUUGUGA